UCAUACAGAUCAGAUCAUAAUGAGUGUUGAAGAGCGAAUUCAAAAAUUCUUCCCCUGGGUAGAGGAAUGUUUUAUUAAAACUGACAAUUUUCGUGUACAGUGUCGAAAUUUAUCUUGCCAAUCAAACGAAGAAAGAUAUAAAUACUUGGAGUUUAAACGUCAUACAUUUAAGAACCACAUACGUGACACGCAUCCAGAUUACCAUCAGCAUGAAGAGAAGAUGGCGAAAAACAAAGACUGGAAAUGUUUUAGGCUAACAAAAGACAAAAAGAAAGCAUGUAUUUUAUGUGAUAUUGCCCGAAAGAAAUUUUCACAAAAUGAAAACUUAUCGGAACACCUAAAAAAUCAUUCAAAACUAGAACAAAAUUUAGGACGAGAUAAAAAUGAAGCUUGGUAUUGGAAAUACUUGGAACAAACUGAAGAUUAUUCUGCUAAAUGUAAGCUUUGUACACAUAAACCAAAAACAGAUGAAUUUAUUAUAAAUCUUGAGAAAAUGAGAAAACACAUCUUACAACAUCAUAAAGAAAAGAGCCGCUUAAUAAAUUUACAAUAUAAAAAUACUUGGGAAUUUCAAAUUGAAAACCACUAUUGGUUGAAUAAAUGUUAUAAAAGGCCUAAAAAUUUUCUAGCGCAAUGUAAAUUUUGCGAGAAAAAAAUUACAUAUGUCAAAUCUGAAAGCAUUGAGAUUCAUAUGGAGAAAGAACAUCCAUUACUUCACAAAGAGGAAAAACUUAAAUUUCAGGCAUGCAACACAUACUGGCAACAUUUAAGGUUUACGGAUGGAUUAUUAACAGGAAUACAAUGUAUGAAAUGUUUUCUACUUAUACAAAGUGACGAAGCAGAAAUUCAUGUACAGCAUCAUUUUACAGACGGUCUAGAACCAGGUACAAGAAAACAUUGGACUUUAAAAUACGCAAGACAAAACGCAGAUAGUGUGACAUGUGUGUUUUGUGAAAAAAAUUUAACCCUUACGGCGAAAAUUACUGAGUUAAAAAAGCAUGUACAAAAUUGUCAUAUAGAAGAUAUGAAUACAAUAGACAAAGAAAACUUAUUAUGGACUCAACUUAUAGGUGAACAAUGGAAGUGGUUGGAAAAAUAUUAUAUGAAUGUUGCAAAUUUUCGAGCAGAAUGUAAAUUUUGCAAACACAAAGUACCAUAUAUCGAGUAUACACAAUUUGAGCAACACAUGUGGGAUCAACAUUUUGUUAUUGCCUGCCUUGAAGAAUCAAAAAUGAUAAAAAUCUGGAAAGCUGAGAAAUAUGUAAGAUACACAAAUAAUGUAACAGAACAUACAUUAGACGUAGAAUGCAUCAUAUGUGAAAAAAAUGUCGCACUACCUCACACAAAACAUUCUCCAUAUGAGCUGCUAUUCGAUUCUCAUUGGGCACUUAAAUACGCGAUACAGAAUGGACAAGUUGCAAGUUGUGUUCUAUGUAAAGAUGAAGUAAACUUUAAAUGGGCCCUGGAAAAUUUAGAAAACCACAUGACAUCUAUACAUCCAGAGAAACGGAAACAAAUACGUCAAAUAGAUUUGGUACAAGGAACAGUACACGACCAAGCUACACCGUCGACAAGCUACGCAAGUUGAAAGAAAACCGAUCAUUUAUCUACAUUGGACAAUGGAAAUGAUGGUAGCGACGUUUUCAAGUAGCAUCUCAUGACCAGCGAUAACGACAGUCUUGACUUUGACCAGAGUGAUUUGAACUACAUGAAGACAUUAACGUAUAAUUUGACUUAUUUGUCGCAUAUCGGUUUUGUGUUUAUAAAUGUAUAACAUUGGUAAAUUUAAA